AUGGGAGAUUCACAACAAAAAGGUAAAACUGCAUAUAACACAUGGAUCUCACAACAAAGUAAUAUGUUGUUGGAAUUGAUUGUUGAUGUUGCUAAUUGUGGAUGGCGUGACAGUAAUGGUGUAUUUAGCAAACUAACUGUGGAAAACAAGAUACUUCCUAAACUUAAUGAAGCACUUGGGUGUAAUAAGAAUUAUACUCAGUAUCAGAGUCGAUUGAAAUGGUUUAAAACGCGUUAUCAAACAUUUUCUCAACUUAUGCAUUUGAACUCUGGUUUUGGAUGGGAUCCAGCCAUACAAAGAUUCAUUGCUACAGAUGAAAUAUGGAAUAAUUACUUUAAGAAAUACCUUCGAACAGACAUUUUUGCUGACUUUGAGGAUUUGAAAAUUGUUGUUGGGAAUAGAACUGCUAUUGGAAAAAACUCUAUUGGAUUAGAAGAUGAUAUAGAUGCUAGAAUUUAUGGACAAGAUGAAAGUACACAUGUUAAGAUAGAUGACUAUGUAUAUGAUGAGAUUAACGAGAUAUAUGUGCAAACUCAACUCAAUCCAUCAUACCAAGCACCUUCACCUAGACAUAAUAAACCAUCAAUGUUAGAGUUCGAUGCAAAUUUAGAAGCUCGCAUGGAAAAUAUUGUUCAAAGAAAAUGA